AUGGUGUCCAGAACCUCAAUGUUUAGGUCGUUUGUGGAUUCAGCUCUGAGGAGUUUGAAAACAAAGACACCCAGCUUGGCCAGCAUACCUACAUCUGCCGGAGCCAACUAUGCUAGAUUUCAAAAUCUCAGCAAGGAUCAACAGGUUGAAGUGUUAUCAGCUAUAAAGUCAUUGAGAAGCUACAAGUUUCAUGCGCAAGAUGUCAAUGAAAGGAGAAAGCUGUUGUUUACACAUUUGACUUCAAAGCAGCAAAGCAUCGCCAAGGAUGCUGGCUAUUUGCAAAAACUAAAGUUGGUUGAUGAGGCAAUUGAAAAAAAUCAAAGCUUUGUCGAUGAUGUUGCUGAUUUCACAAUUGAGGAAUAUGGCGUGUCCUUAAAAGAUUUUGAACUAAUUGAGAAUGCGAAAAACAGUAUCGCUAGUGGAAACAACUUUAGAGUAAUUGAGGCCUUGGGUCAUUACACUCGUGAUUGGACCACUGGACUGCUUAGCCCAGAGUUGAAACCUAUUUUUGAAUAUAUUGCUUCUCAAUUGGAAGUAGCAAUAAACUUUAAACAAAAAAAGGACACUGUAUUGGUAUUUCCUGGUAGUGGUUUGGGUAGAUUGGCUUACGAGUUCAGUAAAUGGGACUACGGAGCGGUCUAUUCAAUUGAGAAUUCUGGUUUGAUGAACCUGUUUGUUGGUUACAACUACAGUAAACAACUGACAAGUAAACAGCAUACUAUUUAUCCCUACAUCCAUACAAAUUCCGACUAUUACAAUACUGAGUCCCAAAUGAGAACUUUUGAGUACGAACCAAUUGGCGAAGCUAGUAAGCCGGAAAACCUACACAUUGUGAAUGGAGAUUUUACCACAUUUAAAAUUCCCAAUAGGGACAAGUAUAAAAAUGUUGUUGUUGUAUCUGUGUUCUUUUUGGAUACUGCUGAGAACUUAUUUAAUUACUUAGAGACAAUAGAGAAUCUAGCAAAACCACUGGGUAAUGUGGAAAGAGGCUAUUGGAUAAAUGCUGGACCAUUAAAGUACGGCUCGGCAGCGCAAGUUGAAUUCAACGCCGAUGAAUUGACGAAGGCUCGUAAGGCUUUAGGAUGGGUGGAUGAGCAAAGUGUUUACACCAUAUGGGAUCCUUUAUCAGUCGGAAGUCAAACGGGACUAGUUGGUUAUUUGACUGACAAGGAAAGCAUGUGGCAAGGUUACUACGGAUUGAACCUCUUUACAACGUCGAGAAAAGAGAAUAAAUCAUACAAAGUAUAG